AUGUCGGCUGGGUGGACCAAUUACUCGGUUGGCAAUGGUAGCCAGGCAGGCGAGGACGACGGUCCCGUCUCGGUGGGCGGUGACACGCCCGCGUGCGUUAGCUGCAAGCAACGCAAGCUGCGAUGCUCGCGCGAGACACCCUCGUGCUCGCAUUGCUUGAGGCUGUCCUCUGAAUGUGUUUAUCAGCCAAAGAACAAACCUGGCCUUAAGCCCGGAGCUGUUGAGGCGUUGACCCGCCGCGUCGCCUUUCUGGAGAGGAUACUGCUGGAUGAUGCGGGAAAUAUCCGGCCGCGGUAUAGAGACGAUGAUACCACCGCGAAUGGCCAUGCCGUCGCGCAUGAGAGCCCCAGUGCUGUAAAAGAACGCGCACCUCGCGUUGAGGAACACGCGCCGUAUGUCGCGCCUACUCCCGAUUAUAGCCACGACCACCAAACCGCAGAGGAUGGCUCCAGAGCUUCCGAAGAAGAGAACGGCGUGUCCAAUCCGCUGAAAAGAAGAUUCGAGAUGCCAAUUGCUGAGAGUUGGCUUUUCCCCUUCGAAGAUGUUGAUAUCGCGCAGCAUUUGCCAUCUCAACCACUGCUCGAGAAGGUCGCAGACUUCUUCUGUAUCUCAUUCCAUCAUUGGAUUCCAUAUAUUCAUAAGGCGAGACUCCAAACGCGAGUGCGCCAAGGUUGCCAGGAUCCAGGACAUGUGUUGGUCCUUCAUGCUUUGGUCGCCGUUGCUCUGCGACAUAUGGACCCCAACGUACUAUAUCUGGAUAACGAUCAGAUACUCCAGCAGACAAGGGUCUCCCGGAUGAUUGUGGAAACUCAUGCGAUGCGCAAUGUCACCAUCGAAAGCUUGCAGGCCCUCAUCUUCCUAGUUUUUGAUCUUCUCAAUGACGGUCAAACACAAAGAGCGUGGCCGUUAAUCGGGUCGCUCACGAGGACUAUAGACUAUCUCCAACUUACUACUGAGCCAUCAACAUCGCAGUCGGGAUCACUUAUGACACCUGUGCGGUUAGUGAAGCCCUCAACCGACUGGACGGAGUUGGAAGAGCGACGAAGAUUAUUCUGGAUCAUAUUUCUGCUCGAUCGGUAUUGUUCGGUGUCUACGGGAUGGAACACCAGUCUCACAGCAGAUGACGUGCAUCGUCGGUUACCGGCAGACGGCGGUUUCUUCACCAGAGAAGAGCCGGUGACCACACCCUACUUCGGCAUCUGGAACAAAGCCGCCGCUCGCAUUGGGCGUUCACUAGCAAACGUGCCCGCGCAAUACAACGAAGAGGACCCAGGCGUGGACCACUUGCCCCCAGGAGCCAGUCCCAAUUCCGCCAACGGCUACAUCGAUGCUUCCAAGCUAGGCGCAUUCGCAUACUGUGUCGAGGCUACCGAGAGCUUGAGUCAAGUGACGACAUUCUUCCUUCAACAAAGGAUCAAUUGGCAAGACAAGGAGCAUGCAGUCAGUUGGCUGACACGCUUCAAGGAGCUAGACUUGAGGCUUGUGCAGUGGAAGAUAUUCUUGCCACCCAGGUGGAAGGACUCCAAUAUCUCGUCAGACAGGACUGUGGUCGACAUGGAUCCUAACCUGACUCUAGCCCACAUUACGCAUAAUACGUCUAUGAUCUUACUGCACCAUCCAAUCGGAUACCCACCCCGCGGAUGGAACGACUUCGUCGCAUUACCAAAAGAAUGCAGUGCUCAAACCUGCGAGCUCGCCGCCGUAGAAACUUCAAACAUCGUCGACAAAUUUCUCACCCAUACGCCCAUACCAUUCGUUAACGUCCAAUUCUCAUUCUGCGCCUUCAUCGCCGCCAAAGCACUACUCUUCGAACACCAAGCCACCCGCAAACCUCUACGAUCAGAAUUCCACCGACUAAUCCACAACCUCGAGGAAAUGGCCGCAAGAUGGAAAGGAAAAGGCACAGACGACGCGAAGCCGAAUAACCAAGCAGCAAUCUACGCAAACCACCUCAAACGACUCCUCGAAGCCUGUCAAAACGACGCAAAUUUUCGCUUCGACUUUUACGACCACAACGGCCUAACCCUCGACCCACAAAACUAUGCCAGCCCGACUUACGCAGCAACACCACAAGCGCCCGCCACCCCCUAUCAGUAUCAACAGCCCGGAAACGGAGUCCCGGUCUCUGGCCCCUCGCUCGCUCCGUACGGUAAUACUGGUACGACGGGGAACCAGCAUAGCACUCAAGACCAGUCGCUGCUUAAUCUGUCGGACGCGUUUAUGGACAGUCAUUUUCUGGAUAUGGAUCGCGUGAUCACAUUUGAGGAUGCGAAUUUCUUUAUUCCGGGGGAUGCGUUCCGGUGGCAGUAA